AGCAGAUCCACCGGCACGAGACCGACCCCGUUUCCUCGCUCCUUCGUCUCUCGCUGACACUGUUUGACCCCUGUCCUCCAGGCUCGGCUCCAGCUAAGGUCGAGCGGCGAGGCGACAGCCCUAGUGUAGCGCGGCGCGGUACCAUAGAUGGGGAGACGAAUGGAGGCCCCCUCCUCGCCGGCGUCCCUCGUCGUCGUCCUCCUCCUCGGCUCGCUGCUCCUGCAGGCACGCGCCGAUGACCCCUACAGGUUCUACACCUGGAACGUCACCUUUGGCGACAUCUACCCGCUCGGCGUCAAGCAGGAGGGGAUACUGAUCAACGGCCAGUUCCCGGGGCCGCAGAUCGACGCCGUCACCAACGACAACAUCAUCGUCAACGUCUUCAACAACCUGCCGGUCCCCUUCCUCCUCUCCUGGCAGGGAAUUCAGCAGCGGAGGAGCUCAUGGCAGGACGGCGUGUACGGCACCAACUGCCCGAUCCCUCCGGGCGGCAAUUUCACUUACAACAUGCAGUUCAAGGACCAGAUCGGGAGCUACUACUACUUCCCUUCCCUUCUGUUUCACAAGGCAGCUGGCGGUUACGGUGCCAUCAGGGUUCUCAGCCGGCCGAGGAUCCCUGUCCCGUUUGACCCGCCUGCCGGGGAUUUCACCAUAUUGGCGGGUGACUGGUUCAAGCUCAACCACACCGACCUGAAAGGCAUUCUGGACAGUGGCAAUGACCUGCCGUUUCCUGACGGCCUUCUUAUCAAUGGCCAAGGUUGGAAUGGCAACAGAUUCACGGUGGACCAAGGGAAAACGUAUCGGUUCCGGGUGUCGAACGUGGGAAUCGCGACCUCGGUGAACAUAAGGAUCCAAGGCCAUUCCAUGCUGCUGGUCGAGGUGGAGGGGUCUCACACCAUGCAGAGCACUUACACGUCCAUCGACGUCCAUCUAGGCCAAUCAUACUCGUUCCUUGUUACUGCUGAUCAGCCACCUGCAGACUACUCCAUAGUUGUCUCCACACGCUUUACCACCCCUGUCCUCACCACCGCUGCCAUCCUCCACUACAGCAGCUCAAAUGGUGCUGCAAGUGUGCCGCCUCCCCCGGCGCCUACCGUUGAGAUCGAUUUCUCUCUCAACCAGGCUAGAUCCAUCCGGUGGAACCUGACAGCGAGUGGACCAAGGCCAAACCCUCAGGGUUCCUACCACUACGGUCUCGUCAACACCACAAGAACCAUCAGGCUCGCCAACUCGCGGGCAACCAUCAACGGCAAGCUGAGAUACGCAGUGAACGGCAUCUCCUUCGUCCCGGCCGACACUCCUCUCAAGGUUGCUGAUUUCUACAGCAUCCCGGGAGUUUUCACGCUGGGCAGCAUGCCCGACAACCCGACGGGCGGCGGCGCUUACCUCCAGACGUCUGUGAUGGCGGCCAACAUGCGGGACUAUGUUGAGGUCGUCUUUGAAAACGCGGAGAACUUGGUGCAGUCGUGGCACAUCGACGGCUACGCGUUCUGGGUCGUCGGGAUGGAUGGAGGACAGUGGACACCGGCUAGUCGUCAGGGCUACAACCUCAGGGACGCCAUUGCUCGGUACACAUUGCAGGUGUACCCUCAGUCAUGGACGGCUAUCUACAUGCCGCUGGACAACGUGGGGAUGUGGAACGUGAGGUCCGAGAGCUGGGCCAGGCAGUACCUCGGCCAGCAGUUCUACCUCCGCGUCUACUCGCCGGCGAACUCGUGGCGGGACGAGAACCCGAUCCCCAAGAACGCGCUGCUCUGCGGCCGGGCCUCUGGACGCCGGACCAGGCCUCUCUGAAGCUGAAUCCCUGAGCCCAAGAAGACCAUGUUUGUUCGGCCACGAAGGGGUGGCCGGAACUUGCGGGGAUCAAUUGAAGUUGAGGGAAGAGAUGAUUGGAGUGUUCAGAUUGCUGAACUGAGUUCCAUUUUGUGGCGCUGAUGAUCGUUCAGCUCAUAUAUUAUUUAGCAAUUGUAGCUAAAACAUUAAUUCCCGGUCGAUUUGUUGUAUGUGAAGCUUCCUCGCUUCCUCGCUCACAUCAUUGAUGAUGAUAAUAUUCAUAGUAACCAGAUUUUCCUUUUU